UUCACAAAACAGCGACUCUGCUGCCCUUUCCACUGUUCGUCUCUUUGCUCGGAUCGAGGGUUCAGUUGAGGCUUGGGAGAGAUGGAGGCGCUUGGGUGGUGGCUGAUGCUGGUGGGAUCUCUACGCCUCGCUUCAGUUUGGUUUGGCUUCUUCGACAUCUGGGCGCUGCGCAUGGCGGUGUUCUCGAAGACCGAAAUGACCGAUGUUCAUGGACGGACAUUUGGGGUUUGGACACUUCUGACCUGCACACUCUGCUUUCUCUGUGCAUUCAAUCUUGAGAACAAGCCUCUUUAUGCUGCUACCUUCCUAUCAUUUAUAUAUGCCUUUGGGCAUUUUCUUACUGAAUAUUUAUUUUAUGACACAAUGGCUGCAUCAAAUCUGACAACCGUUGGGAUCUUUGCUGGGACGUCAAUUGUGUGGAUGUUGCUACAAUGGAAUGCACAUCAACCAAAGGACAUCACAAAGAGUGAUUGAUAUCAAUAUAGGUGCCAUCGGCACCAUCAAGUUAUCGUUCCCCUUAUCAAUCUUGGCCAGAGUGUGUUUUGGCAUCUCCGACCUAAAGAUCUAUUUUCCUUGUUAUCGUUGAGCUAAUAUGUGACAAUCACCUGACAACUUAAGCAUUCAUGCUUAAAACUUUGUUGUUCUCCAAAUUGCUUAGUUAUAAAACUGCAGACAUGAUUAUGAAAUCAUUUAUCUAGAAA